GUUUCCACUCUACCAGCUGCUGAACCGUUAGAAUCCAUUCCCGAUUCUAAUAACAUGGAAGUUAAUGUGGAAAGUGGUUCAACUCCUGCAGAUCGUGCACGUUCUCCAAACAGCUAUCAGUAUGAUCACAUGGGCGGCUUAGAUGUGGAUGAUGAGGAUGACAUCGGUCUCGUUGUACCCAAUACCUCGGCCAUGGGACGACGUGGUUCACUUUUGCUCUCCGAUGACACGGAUGAGGAGCUCAGUGAUUCACUGGUUGACGAUUUGAAGUUACCAAUGAGCGCCUGGCGUCGGCGUUCUUCUGCAACAUCCCCAGCCAUUAAUCCUCCGGGGAUCAAUGUGCCUGCACCAAUCGUCCUGGCUGAAUUACCACGUCUUUCUGAACUCGCUCGCGUGGAUCGUUCGGGUACCCCCGGUGAUGGUGACGCUAAAUUUGAAUUACAUUCCAUCGCAGUAUCCCCCAGACUGGAUAUUGUAUUGCUUAGUGGUGAAGGUAAACUAAAUUUAGACGUGGUUCGAGCAGACGGACCAGACGACUCGACGGAGUCAAUCGAAACCGCAGUCUCACUUCCGUCCGUGUAUUACUUGAAACGGAACGGCAAUCGGUUCUAUCUGGAUCAGUCACGAUCGCUUCGAUUGCCUCCCUGUUCCCUGUGGUUCGAGUCCGUAACCGCCGAGAUAUCCGGCUCCGUGUACACUGCUGUCUCAGCCGUUUCGGAUGAUAGUCAGUUCGUGGCUAUUGGUUUAUCUAAUGGAUUCGUUUGGCUUUACAGCUUGGAAGAGGUCGGGUGGGUCUGUUGCAUAUCUACCUAUAUUGCCAAUAUGUGGAUCAAACUAAUGGAUGAUUCAUCCGGCGAAUGCAAUGGUCAUUCUGAAACACUAUUGAAAGAACGCACUCAAACUGCACUGGAUGCUGGGACAGUUCCAGCCACAUGCUUAUUUCUUCCCAGUCUGACUAACGAUGAGGACAAGCUAUUUACCAAGCCACAAAUCAACCAUAUGAUUGCCGCCGCAAUCGGUUCCAGUGUUCUAUUCUGGCGUAUUCGUGAUGGAUGCCUGCUGUUGGAUUUGAGCGCUCAUUCUUCUUGGGUCACUGCGAUUCGACUCCUCCCACUGGAUGUAAGUGACUCAGACGAGGAUUAUGUGAACAUCAACAGUCUGCCGAUCGGUUUACUGACAGCCUCAUCCGAUGGAGUGAUCAAACGAUGGGAGGUCGGUGCUGCUUGUCUUCCAUCUCCUACCACGCCCACUCCAAUGGGUAUUCCCAGUCUGGGUGACGCACAUUUGAGACGAAUCUCCCAGCAAUCUGUGUUCAGCAAUCGCUCCAAUGACAAAUCGACUGCGGUACACGGUCUGUGGACAGAUGUGUUCGACGUGUGGUUUGGUCCGCACGCCUCGUUGCUGGUUGUUGGACGUCGGCGUCACUCGUCUGAUCUCCAAGUGUUCUCUCUUCACUUUGAUGAAUCUCAUUUGUAUGGGAUUGUGAAACGAUUCUGCCUUGUCACGGAAUCCGCCGGCGCGAACGGAUUGCAUAAAACAUCUCAUUCGUCCGUCCUAGAUCGUGUAAUCCAUUUGCACACAUGGCAGUCUCACGAUUCGAAAGAGGAGAAAUCCAGUGACCUCACUUUGGUUGUCUUAGCCGUGUUUGCCAGCGGUACCGUUCGUUAUUGGCAUAUGCCGUCGGUCUCAUAUGAAAUAUCAGGUUUGAGUUCCAACUAUACGGAGAUGCAGCCUGCCGAGAGUUGGCCUCCUAUGCAUGACCUUGACAUAAUGCAUCAGUCGCGGCAACAACGUGCGACUCGUAAAAUUUCUACUAGCGAAUUACAAGCCAAAGUACUCUGUGACAACGAGGAGAUCGGUUCAAUGGUUCCUGUCACUUGGUCUACCUUGCGUUCCAUUUCAAAAAGCGUUCUGCUUCCACCCCCGAGUCCAUAUAACUAUCAACCAAGUUCCACACCUCAUUCCCCUGCGGGUGAUGCGCUAUCACGCACAAUCUUGGUCUGGCUCACGGCUGGUUUCGAUGGAAUGAUCUACGGUCGGCAACUUAUUUUUCCCAAUCCGAAACUGAACUCCAGGCCAGAAGAUCAAAUGGUUUCCGACACCGCAGCGCGUUUCUCCAACCCGGAUUCCGCACCGUGGCGCAUAGACUUAGCUGCUCAUUCUCCCGCACCGAUUUCAGACGCCGACAUCGACCCGACCGGUCAAUGGCUACUCACCGGGUCGACUGAUGAAACAGCUAAGGUUUGGUGUCUUGCAUCUGGCUCUUUGGUUUUCGAUACGGGUACACAUGGUGCGUGUGUCCGAUCCGUCUGUUUCCGACCGGUCCUGGAUGAACCAUCAACUCCUGCCGGUCAUGAGUGGUUUGUUGCUACCGGAGACGAUACGGGGACGCUUCGUAUUUGGUUACUGACCUCUAAACGCUUGCGAAGAGCCAAACCGAAGUCACUACAGUAUGGGCAAUUGAAUCGGUCGCUCAGUCCGGACAGUCUACUGUACCAGAAAGGAAGUAUAAAUCGAGCCCAUUGGCACACCUCGUCUUCGCGUCAUCUCAAUCGAUUGCCCAGUCCAGAUCUGAAAGAUCUUGAACGACCCGCUAGCCGGGAUGCACGAGCUGCGUUCUUCUCUAAUGCUGCAGGUUUCGGAGGCUCGUGGCUAAGACGCUUGGUCUGGUCUCCCGAUGGUCGACUGAUUACUGGAUUGUCUGAUCGUCUCUGUGUGUGGCCAUUUGAAGCCCCCUUACCGCACGUGGCUUCAUCUGGUACUGGUCGUGACCGCUUCGGUGGUGAUCUCUUCCAGGGACCUCGUCUGGAAUUGAAACGAUGUCGAGUUCUACGAGUCUUGUCCUCCGGACUUGCUGAGAGAGUCACUUCCUCGCUACACAUGCUCUCUGUUAGCCCCAGACGGUCGGUGACAAAAAACUCUCAACCAUCAAUUUUCCCUGAUUUACCCCCAACUAUAGUUACUGUUGAUGUCAAUACAGGUACAUUGUAUGUUUUUGAUCCUAUUGGUGCUCUCUUCCAAUCAGAACUAGGAGAUUGA